AUGUCACUUGCUGGAUUGAAAAAGCAGAUUAAUAAGGCUAACCAAUUUGUCAGUGAAAAAAUUGGUGGUGCCGAAGGGACCAAACUCGAUGAGAACUACUUGGAAACGGAAAAAAAAGUAGACAUAAUUGCAAAACUGAUCGAUGAAGUGCUGGCACUCACACAAGAGGUGCUGCAGCCCAAUCCAGCCUAUCGGGCCAGAUUGGUGACUAUGAAUACCUUGAACAAACUUCAGGGGAAAUCCAAGAGUACCACGUAUCCGCAACCCGAAGCGCAACUGGGUGAAUGCAUGCAAAAAUAUGGUCGAGAAUUGGGUCCAGAUUCUUCUUAUGGUCAGUGUUUGGUCCAAUCCGGAGAGUCGUUCAAAUAUGUUGCCGAAAUCAAAUACACAAUGGAAGAUCACGUUAGGGAUAACUUUUUACAGCCACUUCACAGUGUCCAGACUCAUGAGUUGCGCGAAAUAUCCCAUCAUCGAAAGAAAUUGGAGGGUCGACGUCUUGAUUUCGAUUGCAAGAAAAGGAAACAAGACCGAGGUUGGUGUUCAUUAUGA